CCAAGUAAAGUCCCCUGAACAAUGCAUCUUCAAUAUAAUUGCAUUUUCCCUCUAUGUACAGGUAUUAUAAAUUAGACAAUCAGAAAUCAAACAAUAAUUUGCACAUUAAUUUCUAAAACUUGUAACUUAUUGAAUUAAUUCAGAUUAUCAAUUUAUGAUAGCUUUAUAUUCAUGAAAGAAAUUGUUCACUGAGCCAAUGACUAAUGGCCACUUGCAUACGUCAAGGUUAAAUCUGGAUUAGAGUAAUCCAGAAUCAAGCUUAGCUCAAAUUUUCUGAUUCACUUGCAAACUACUGAUACUCAGGUGAGAUCAGCUCAGUAUAUACUCUAGUUCUGAACCAAGCAGUAGGGAGGUUUAAACUAAGGUUUGACAAAGAAUGGAUAAAUAUUUUGAAAGAAUUGAUAUGGUGAAUUAUGUGGAAAGGCUCAUAAGAAAAGAACAGGUAAUAAGAGAUAGACAGAAUUCAUUUUUGUUUUGUUCUGAAGAAGAAUUCAUUGACAGAUUUAGAUUGAGUAAAGAAUGUGUAAUGUCCAUAUUACAAGAAAUAACAGAAAAACUGGAACCAAAGCAAAAGGAAGUGUGUGCGAUUUCUCCUCUCAAUCAAUUAUUGGUUGCAUUAAGAUUUUAUGCAACGAGAAGUUUUUUGAGAGUUUCGGGAGAUUUGUCUGGUGUACAUGAGAGCCCUGCUUCACGAAUCGUUACGAGAGUAUCAAGGGCACUUGCAUCUCUUUAUAAAAAUUAUGUUACAUUUCCAACCGGAAACAAGCUUUUAGAAACACAGAGAAAUUUUAUGCAGCAGAGUGGAAUUCCUGGGAUCAUAGGGGUUAUAGACUGUACUCAUAUUCCGAUUCAAUCCCCAGGAGGAAAGAGUGCCGAAUUAUUUCGGAACAGAAAAUAUUGUUUUUCAAUUAAUGUUCAAGCCAUAUGUGACCAUGAAUUGAUGCUCACCAGUCUUGUUGCUAGAUGGUCUGGGAGUACCCACGAUAGUAGAAUAUUUCAAAAUAACAACAUUUGUGCACGGUUGGAAAGAAGAGAAAUUCAGGGAAUUAUAAUAGGGGAUAAUGGAUACCCACUCAGACCAUACUUGAUUACUCCAUUACUCACAUGUAGAAACAGGGAGGAAAGGCGUUUCAAUUUUGCAUUAUGUAAUGCUCGAGUGAAAAUAGAGAAUGUAUUCGGAAUAUGGAAAAGAAGAUUUCCAUGUCUACGACAGCAGCUCCGACUUAAGUUAUCAACAAGUUUACUGGUUAUUACAGCGUGCUCUGUGUUAUACAACAUUGCAAGGAAAGCUGCUGUCCCUGUCCCUGAAACAAAUGAUGACAAUCCAGAUGAUGUUCCAGUUCCCGUGUUACCAAACCAAAAUCAAGGAGGACAAGCUCUGAGGACCAUUCUCAUAAGACAUUUUCAGUAAUAAUGUAUGUAAAUGAAAUUAUAUAGUUU